CGUACAUCCAUCCGACGAUAAUUCCCAACGUCAUCACCUGCUCACUCUCACACAUCAGACCUGCACGCUUCCAGUCCGACGACCCCGAUAGCACAGAACCCGCCUGGAAAACACCGCGCACCAUGCCUAUGGAGAAGUACCAGUUUAUGAGCAAUGUCUGGAGGGAUGGCAUCUUUGACAACAAAGUCGUCUUCUGCACCGGCGGCGCAGGCUCAAUCUGCUCGGCCCAAGUCCGCGCCAUGGUCGCCCUCGGCGCAAACGCCUGCAUCGUCGGACGCAACGUAGAGAAGACUGAGAACAUGGCAAAGGACAUCGCAACCGCACGCCCCGGCGCAAAAGUAAUCGGCAUCGGCGCCAUCGACGUGCGCAGACCUGAACUCCUCCAGCAAGCCGCCGACCGAUGCGCCAAAGAACUCGGCAGCCUAGACUUCGUCAUCGCAGGCGCAGCAGGAAACUUCCUGGCGACCAUCGACCAGAUCAGUCCGAAUGCCAUGAAGAGCGUCAUCGACAUUGAUGUGCUGGGGAGUUACAACACAGUCAAGGCGACGCUACCUUAUCUCAAGGAAUCAGCCGCGAAACACAAGACAGAUGGAACGACGCAGCCGGCUAACGGCACAGGCGGACGCAUCAUCUUCGUGAGCGCAACACUGCACUACACAGGCACACCCCUCCAAUCCCACGUCUCCGUCGCAAAAGCAGGUGUAGACGCCAUGGCCAUGUCUGUCGCCAUUGAGCAAGGCCCCCGCGGCAUCACAUCCAACAUCAUUGCUCCCGGACCCAUCGCUGAGACCGAAGGUAUGGCGCGGCUGUCAAAGUCGGAUGCUAAGAGCAAGGUAGCUAAGAGCGUGCCAUCGGGUCGCUUUGGCUCCGUCAAGGAGAUUGCUGAUGCUACUAUCUAUCUGUUCUCUGAUGCGGGUAACUUUGUCAACGGCGAGACGCUGGUUGUGGAUGGCGGCGCGUGGCAUACCGCGGGAUUUUCGGGUGGGUUCGAGUAUCCGGAUUUCUUGCUUAGUGGGGAGAGUGUUACGGGGGUUAAGGGGGGGAAGAAGAGUAAGUUGUAGGUUGUAGACUGUAAAGUCUGAUAGACAUGGAAUUUGAACACCAUUUUGCGUGCUAUAAGGGAGCCUAAUCUUGUGAGUCAUGAUUUUGGACAAUGCCAUGGAGCCAUGGAUAGGUUUCU